AGAGGAGAGGAGCUUGAUAUAAAGAAGAGUUACAGAAGUUACUCUGCAGGGACGACCUUGACAUUCAAAUAGUGGGAGGAGCCGGUAUCUGUGACUACAAGGGAGGGGCGUGGCUUCGUGCUCUGGUCAAUCAUAAAAUCUCACGGUUAGACUUUGCUCUCCUCCACUCACAUCCAGAGUCCCAGGACAGACUGAGUCGUCUCACAAACGAGGACUAGACCCACCCAGGCAAAAUGGUGAAAGUCGGAAUCAAUGGAUUUGGCCGUAUCGGUCGUUUGGUGACCCGUGCUGCUGUCACCUCCAAGAAGGUGGAGAUUGUGGCCAUCAACGACCCCUUCAUCGACCUGGAGUACAUGGUCUACAUGUUCCAGUAUGACUCCACUCACGGGCGCUUCCGCGGUGAAGUCAAGGCUGAGGGAGACAAGCUCGUCAUCGAUGGACACAAAAUCAGUGUCUUCCACGAGAGGGACCCGACUAACAUCAAAUGGGGUGAGGCCGGAGCCGAGUACGUGGUGGAGUCCACUGGGGUGUUCACCACCAUCGAGAAGGCCUCCGCUCACUUGAAGGGAGGUGCCAAGAGAGUCAUCAUCUCUGCACCCAGCGCUGAUGCCCCCAUGUUCGUCAUGGGUGUCAACCACGAGAAGUAUGACAAAUCCCUCCAGGUGGUCAGCAACGCCUCCUGCACAACCAACUGCCUGGCUCCCCUGGCUAAAGUCAUCAACGACAACUUUGGCAUCGUUGAGGGCCUGAUGAGCACGGUUCACGCCAUCACCGCCACCCAGAAGACGGUGGACGGCCCCUCCGGUAAGCUGUGGAGGGACGGACGCGGUGCCAGCCAGAACAUCAUCCCCGCCUCCACCGGUGCCGCCAAGGCUGUCGGCAAGGUCAUUCCUGAGCUCAACGGCAAGCUGACUGGUAUGGCUUUCCGUGUCCCGACCCCCAACGUGUCAGUGGUGGAUCUGACCGUCCGCCUGGAGAAACCAGCCAAGUACGACGACAUCAAGAAGGUUGUGAAAGCUGCUGCUGAAGGACCCAUGAAGGGUAUUCUGGGAUACACCGAUCACCAGGUCGUCUCCACGGACUUCAACGGCGACUGCCACUCCUCCAUCUUUGACGCCGGUGCUGGCAUCGCCCUCAACGACCACUUUGUGAAGCUUGUUUCAUGGUACGACAAUGAGUUCGGCUACAGCAAUCGCGUCUGCGACCUCAUGGCCCACAUGGCUUCCAAGGAGUAAAGCUGGAUGAACGUCUCCAUUCUCCUCGAUCCAGAGUCGGAAACAUACAAGAUGUUUGUUACCCUGCCCGGCUCCAUCAGAUAGUCGACACCGUCAUUGUACGCCUGAGGAAUGUCCCACAUAAGAAACGAUUCAAUUUACUGACCAAUUCUUUUUUUAUGUGUUAAACUCCCUGUUCUGUUCUUGUGUUGGGUGGAGCAAAGGUGUGAAAUCUUCUGUCUGUACCACCGAGGUGCUGCAGUCAGUGGUAGAAUAAAGUCCUUUUGUUUGUGA